AUGCAAGAUUGGAUGCCUUCUGCAGAGCUUGUUCUACCAGAAAUAUCUGGAACUACUCACAAGAGGCGAAAAGGAAUUGGAGAAACAAUAUCCGCCCGGAUACUUGCUGUUAAGCAUAGGAGCUCAUUGGAAUCUUUGGAUGAUUUGGGGACCAAAGCCGACAUUAAAGUUGGAAAGUUAAACAAUAUCAUUUCAAAAUCAAUUGAAGAAGUUUGUAAGGAGACAGCGGGCAAAGAUCUUGCAAUGGAAUUGGAAUCAGAUACAGAACACAAUCACAACAUGAUGAUCGAUCACAAGAUUCCAACACAUAACAUGCAAAUUGAUCCAUCAAGAUCUUGUUUUCCAUGUUGCAUUUUAUGGACACCUCUUCCUGUUGUUUCAUGGCCUCUUCCUUUUGUUAGUUAUAUUGGUAUAGGCAGAGAAGAUGGAGUCAUUCUAGACUUUUCAGGACCUAAAUUUGUGUGUGUAGAUAACUUCACUUUUGGAGCUUUUGCUUGUUACAUUCAAAUAAGUAAAGUAAGGAUUUGUAUGGACAACAUAGAUAAAAGCUUUGGGGAUUGUUCAAUUCCACAAGAAAAGUCAAAUGCUGAUAUAAUGAGGAGCUGGAGUUAUCUGAAGCAACUGGUGCUUGAUACGCCUGCUUAUGAGGCUUGA